CGUGGACAAGGCAGUUCGGGCGGCGCUCGGUGCGUGCAGUGCCGGGAGGAGGCUGCGGGCGCCGCUGUUGACCGAGAGGAGCGAGAGGAAGGUCGGAGCGCUGCAGCCCCGCCCGCUGCGGCCCGGCUCGAUUGCUGGAUCGCUGGAUUCCUGGGUCGGCGGCCGGGCGGUCUGUGAUCGUCCCCGCGGUGCGGAACCGUGCUAAACAGAGACGGAGGAGCCGGAAGAGGCGACCCGGAGCCGGAGCGGGAGCCGGAUCGGCGGUCGGCGGCGGGGAUCUGCCGGCGGUGUUGCGGUGCCGGCGGUGCGGCGGCGGAGAUGUGCGCGGCAGGGAGGCGCUGGGGCCGGCGGCAGCGAGUGCUGCUGUGGGGCGUCCUGCUGGCGGCCUGGGAGGCGGCGUGGGGGCAACUGCGCUACUCGGUACCCGAGGAGAUGCCCAAGGGCUCGUUCGUGGGCGACGUGGCCAAGGACCUGGGACUGCAGAUGCUGGAGCUCCGAGACGGCGGCGUCCGCGUUGUCUCUGAAGGUAGGAGGCAUUAUUUCUCUCUGCACGGGAAGACGGGACAUUUAGUGACGGCCGAGAGGAUCGACAGAGAGCAGCUGUGCCGGCUGGUGGAGCAAUGUGUGCUGCGCUGUGAGCUGAUAGUGGAGGGGGAAAUGAAGGUUUAUGAAAUCGAAGUGGAAAUCACGGACAUUAACGACAACUCCCCCACCUUCAAGGACAUUGAAGUGGAAGAGAAAAUAAGCGAGAUGACAGCCCCGGGGUCGCGGUUUACACUUCCCAGGGCGCACGACCCGGACUCGGGACGGAACUCCUUGCGGAGCUAUGAGCUGAGCGGCGACGAGCACUUCUCGCUGGCCGUGCAGACGGGCCCCGGCGGGGAUCAGCGUCCCGAGCUGGUGCUGGCGAAGGCGCUGGACCGGGAGGAGGCGGCGUUUCACGAGCUGGUGCUGAGGGCGAGCGACGGCGGCGAUCCGUCCCGGACGGGCACGGCGCGGAUCCGCGUGACGGUGCGGGAUGCGAACGACAACGUGCCCGUGUUCAGCCAGGCGGAGUACACGGUGCGUGUGCCAGAGGACGUGCCCGUGGGCUCCGUGCUCGUCACUGUCACGGCCACUGACGCCGACGAGGGUCUGAACGGGCACGUGAAAUAUUCGAUGAAGAAAGCGACGGACAUGGCAUCGGAUAUUUUCCAUCUGGACUCUGAGACAGGAGCGAUCACGCUAUUGCGAAGCCUGGACUUUGAGGAAGGUGACUUCUACGAACUGGAGCUGCAGGCACGUGAUGACGGCGACCUUUUUGACACGGCGAAAGUCGCUAUCACUGUCGCAGAUAUAAAUGAUAAUGUGCCCGAAAUUUCGGUGAGGUCGGCUCUGACUGAGAUUUCUGAGGAUGCCCCGUCGGGGACUGUGGUGGCCCUCCUGCACGUACAGGACCAGGACUCGGAGGCCAAUGGCGAGGUGCGCUGCUCCCUCGAAAAGGGCGUCCCGUUCCGCCUGGAGAGUGCACAGAGCAGCUACUACCGCGUGGUGACGGCGAGAGAGCUGGACCGGGAGCAGGAGUCGGAGUACAACGUGACGGUACGGGCGGCCGACGGCGGGCAGCCGGCGCUGCAGAGCAGCAGGGUGCUGUGGCUGCGGGUGCUGGACGUGAACGACAACGCGCCGGUGUUCGCGCAGGAGCGCUACAGCGCUCGGCUGCCGGAGAACAACGUGGCGGGCGCGCUGGUGCUGCGGGUGCGGGCUCGGGACGCGGACUGGGGGGAGAACGCGCGCGUGCGGUACCGUCUGGGGGAGGGUGGUGUGCGGGGCUUGCCGCUGUCGUCGUACGUGUCGGUGCAGGCGGAGACGGGCGCGCUGUACGCGCUGCGCUCGUUUGACUACGAGGAGGUGCGCGAGGUGGGGCUGUGGGUUUGGGCGGAGGACGGCGGCUCGCCGACGCUGAGCAGCAACGUGUCGGUGCGGCUGCUGAUCGUGGACGAGAACGACAACGCGCCGCAGGUGCUGUACCCGCCGGCGGCGUCAGGGUCGGGGUCGGGCUCGGGCUGGGCGGGCGUGGAGCUGGCGUCGCGGUCGAGCGAGGCCGGCGCGCUGGUGGCCAAGGUGGUGGCGGUGGACGCGGACGCGGGUCAGAACGCGUGGCUGUCGUACGAGCUGGCGAAGGCGACGGAGCCGGGGCUGUUCCGCGUGGGGCUGCACAGCGGCGAGGUGCGCACGGCGCGCUCGCCGCUGGCCCGCGACGCGUCGCGCCAGAGCCUGGUGGUGCUGGUGAAGGACCACGGGCGGCCGGCGCUGUCGGCCACGGCCACGCUGAGCGUGGUGCUGGCCGAGAGCGUGGCCGAGCUGCUGGCCGAGCUGGGCAGCGCGGCGCAGGCGGAGGCGGCGGCGGGGGCGGGCGAGGCGGGCGGCAGCCUGACGCGCUGGCUGGUGCUGGCCGUGGCCGCCGUGUCGUGCCUGUUCCUCGGCUUCCUGCUGCUGCUGCUGGCGCUGCGCCUGCGGCGCUGGCGGCGCUCGCAGCAGCAGCUGCUGGCGGCGGGCAGCGGCGCCUUGCGCGGCGUGCCGGCCACGCACUUCGUGGGCAUCGACGGCGUGCGCGCCUUCCUGCACUCCUACUCGCACGACGUGUCUCUCACGGCCGACUCGCGCAAGAGCCACCUCCGCUUCUCGGCCGCCAGCUGCUGCGACACCCUGCCGGCCCGGCCGCCGCCCGACGAGCCCGCCCCGCUGCUCGGAGAGGAGGACCGUGCUGGUGCCCACCCCUCGGACCCCGCCCCUCUCCCGGUGAGUUCUUUUGAAGCCGAGUGUUUCGGCGACGUUUCCCUCUGCUGCUCCCUUGCUUUCUCAACCCGUGAUCUGUGUUACACGUAG